UGCUGGCCAAGAAUUGCGCAUGCGCAACAUGGACAGCAUUGUCUUUGUCGUCGCCAGUCGUUGACUUGGCCAGCCGCUGCGCGUGCUCCGCAUACCGAAACAGCUGCCCAACAACGGCCCCAAAAUUGAAAAGUGUAAGUGUUGGCCGUCGGCGGCUUGGCUAUAAAAGCACAGCGUCGUCUUCCAAUUGGCAUCACAAAUCAACUGGUCAUUCACUAGCUGACAACUAACCCAAAAAUCCAAAACACCCAACAUGAAAUUCUUCGCCGUCUGCUUCUUCGCUGUUGUGGCUGUGGCUGCUGCCAAGCCGGGCAUUGUGGCUCCUUUGGCCUACACCGCACCAGCUGUCGUCGGCAGCGCCGCCUACGUGGCACCCUAUGCCUCCAGCUACACCGCCCACCAGGUGGCCCAUAGCGCCGCCUUCCCAGCUGCCUACACCGCCCCCAUCGCCGCCGCCGCCUACACCGCUCCAGUUGCUGCCGCCUACACCUCACCCAUUGCUGCCGCCUACAGCUCACCCUUUGCUGCUGCCUACACCUCGCCUUUUGCAGCACCGAUCGCCCGCUAUGCCGCUGCAGCUCCUCUGGCCUACAGCGCUCCGUUUGCUGCUCCUUAUGUUGCUCGUCCCUAUGCCGCCGCGCCCCUGCUGCUGAAGAAGUAGAGUGUGCCUAGACCAUGGAAGUAGUGCGACAUGUUUUUAGACCAUGGGCAUA